GGGCAGGUUCCUUCUUCCUGUGCUGAGCGGGCAGCUUCUGGGCGCUGCGCCCGACGGAGGAUGGCAAGCGGCGGCAUCUGCUGCGAGAGGCUGGGGCCAGCCCCGCCGUCCCUGGCCAGAUUUAAACUGGGUUAUGGAAUUGUUCAAGACCAAAAAGACAUAAAAAGAACACUUUCUACAUAGUAGACAAAAAAGCACUUUCUUUGUUCCUGUAUAACUAUAAAAUUUGUUGAGAGCUCUGAAGUGAUUAUCAAAACAAUAUUUCCAAAACAGUAUGACUAAUUGUAAAGGAAGAUCUGUCAGCAAGAAAAGAAAUGAUAACGCCUAUAGUGAAGGAGGAUUUGUAAACUGGACUAUAAAUCUAAAUGCAAUUCAGUCUGACAAAUUCUUGAACUUACUGUUGAGCAUGGUUCCAAUUGUUUAUCACAAAACCCAAGAAGAGAGACAUAAGAAAGGAAAUAGUCUCUGGCAAGAUGGAUUGCAGCCAUCAGGACACAAUUUCAGUAUUAGGACUGAUCAACGCAUGGAUUAUCAUCACUUUUCAGAAUCAGCCUAUCAUGGGAGUAAUGGACACAAUUCAUCAAGCUGUAGCCCAAAGUAUGAUAACUUUGCAAGUUACAAUUAUUCAGAUGGGACUGACUCUUCAGAAAUGGAUGCUAUGCUGCAGGAGAACCAUUUACCUAGCGACAAUGAUGAAACUUCUCCCAUUGUGGAAGGAAGUAGAAAACAGCCCAAGGAAUCCAGUAGCAUUAUGGCAUUGCAGAUACUUGUGCCAUUCUUGCUAGCAGGAUUCGGAACAGUGUCCGCAGGGAUGGUUCUAGAUAUUGUUCAGCAUUGGGAAGUGUUCAGAAACAUUACUGAAGUUUUCAUCUUGGUCCCUGCAUUACUUGGCUUGAAGGGUAACCUGGAAAUGACUCUGGCAUCUCGACUAUCCACAGCAGUAAACGUUGGGAAAAUGGAUUCCCCCAUUGAGAAGUGGAAUCUAAUAAUUGGUAAUUUGGCUUUAAAACAGGUACAAGCAACAGUGGUUGGUUUUUUGGCAGCUGUGGCAGCAGCCAUAUUGGGUUGGAUUCCCGAAGGGAAAUACCAUUUUGAUCACUCGAUUCUUUUGUGUUCUAGCAGUGUAGCGACAGCCUUCAUAGCAUCACUUUUACAGGGCAUAAUAAUGGUUGGUGUUAUUGUUGGCUCUAAGAAGACUGGCAUAAACCCUGACAAUGUUGCCACCCCUAUUGCAGCCAGCUUUGGAGAUCUAAUCACGCUUGCCAUUUUGGCAUGGAUAAGUCAGGGUUUAUAUGAUUGCCUUGAGAGCUAUUAUUAUAUAUCACCGUUAGUUGGUGCCUUUUUCUUGGCUCUGACUCCUAUGUGGAUUAUAAUUGCUGCUAAGCAUCCAGCUACAAGGACAGUCCUCCAUUCCGGGUGGGAGCCUGUUAUAACUGCAAUGGUCAUUAGCAGUAUUGGUGGCCUUAUUCUGGAUACAACUGUAUCUGAUCCUAAUUUGGUUGGGAUUGUUGUUUAUACUCCAGUAAUCAAUGGGAUUGGUGGUAAUCUAGUAGCAAUUCAAGCCAGCAGAAUUUCGACUUAUUUACAUUUACAUAGUGUUCCUGGAGAAUUACCAGAAGAAGCCAAAGGCUGCUGUUAUCCAUGCAGAACAUUUUGUGGCACAGGAGUAAACAAUAAAUCAGCUCAAGUUCUUCUGCUGUUGGUGAUUCCUGGGCAUUUAAUAUUUUUGUACACGAUUCAUUUAAUGAAAAGUGGUCACACAUCUUUGACACCCAUCUUCAUUGUUGUAUAUUUGUUCACAGCACUUCUACAGGUAUUUAUCUUAUUAUGGAUUGCUGACUGGAUGGUGCACCACAUCUGGAAAAAAGGGAAAGAUCCAGAUAGUUUUUCUAUUCCUUAUCUUACUGCACUUGGAGAUCUUCUUGGAACUGCCUUACUUGCACUGAGUUUUCAUUUCCUGUGGCUGAUUGGGGAUAGGGAUGGAGAUGUAGGAGAUUAAUAAAUUAAUAACACCUAAUUUAUCCCAUUAGUUGAUGUCUCAGAGUAGGGACCACUUGAUUUAGCAUUUCAUAUGAAAUAUAUUAAGAGAGUAGUUGAGUUUCAUUACCGUAACGUCAGUGUUGACACUGAUAUUAAACAGCCUUAACUUUUUUAAAACAAUAAAAAACUAAAAUAAGAGGCUUCAAGUAUUUUUACACUGCAAAGGUGUGUUUGGGACUCUUUCUCAUCACAGAAAGAGAAAGUUGGGCAGCGUUAUGUCAGGAAAUAAAAUAUAGUUGAUAGGUAACAGAAUGAUGUGGUUUAACCACAGAUGUAUCUGCCUAAUGAAAUGUAGCAUGCGUUUCAUUAGGCAGUCUGGCUAUGCAUUUGAAGUCAUUUAAUAUAAUGGGUUCACAACAUGAAAUAGAGAUAACCCAUAAUGCAAAAGAUAUUAUUUUUGCAUAUCAAUAAGGUUCAAGGAAGACAUUCGACAUUGCGUUUAUUUUAUUUGCUGGCAGAAAAGGGAUGGAACACUUUCUGUUCAAGAAAAUUAAUCUGUUGAAAUAGGAAAGAUGUUUCUCAUAGAGAUAAUACAGUAUGAUCAUGCAUGGACAAUAAUAAUGUUGAAUUAAUGAUUGUAACUCAAGAGGUACAUUGACCCUGUUUUCAGGUGUUCACGUUUUGUCCUUUAUUGUGAUGUAUAAAGAAUCAAGACUAUUUAAAGAAGAAGAAAAGCAACUUUUCAUAUGUAUUGGGGAAACUAUAAUAUAACUUCUGAAAUAGCAGGUGGAUGCUUUUAUUUUUUUUUCUUUUUAGAAAUACCUAUUAUUAGAAAAAUACUAUUGAGUUAGUUUAUCUUGGAGAUCUUUUAUCAAGCACCCAGAAUUGCUUUGGAGUUAGACAUUGCCGAAAUCUAAACCAAUGAGUCAAUCAAUCAGUCAGGCAUUCAUGCCAAUUACAUGCAACCAAUGUUAUUUCCUGAUACGUUGCAGUUCAAACUUUAAGAUUUAUAUUUAGAAUAUCAUCUCAUUUUGCAAUGAGAGGUUGUUCCACUGAAUACUGUUUUAAUCAUAGCUUUGUUGGGCUAAAGAAAUUGCUUGUUUCUGGGAAAACAUGUCCCGUGUCCAGAAUGUUAAUGCUUGUUGAAUGACUACUUUGUAGAGUAUCUUUAUGAAGUGUCACAGGUACUCUUUAGUUAGUUUCUGUGGUACGUUGAUGAUGAUGGGGCAUUUUCCACUGCACACCAUUCAUGUCUGUUAUUUACACAAAAGAAAAUCAGUAAAUGUUUAAACUGGUUUUUGUUUAAAUGUUUAAAGAAUUUUUUUGCUUUAGAUUUGGGGGAAAAGAAAAAGAUUGUAGAAGCUUUAUGAUAUAGAUUAUUAUGAGUUGUAGACUUCCUUGAGUUGUCCUAUCAUUAAACAUUAAUAUUCAAUCAGUCCUUGGCAACACAGUUUCUGACUCCCUGCGCUGGAAGCCACCAGUGAGAAUUUAAAAAUUAUAAUUUAUAAUUGUUUAAUUUUCUACUAAAAUUAAUUACAUUUGGCAUCUAAUUAUUUCCAUUCAAAUUACAUGGAAAUCCAAGCUACAGAGUGAUGUAUUUUAAAGGCAGAUUCAUGGUAAUCUGUGGUAGUAGAUUAUUGUGUGGGACCCCAAUAUUCAGAUGUGGGCUUCUAUUAAUACAAACACCUAGUAUAAUUUCUUGAUCAUUAUCUUCAUCUUAAUAGUUCAAAAUACUGGCAACUAUUCAGCUUGCUAAUUGAAAUUCUUUAGAUAAUUUUCCUUUAAUGAUACAUUUUUUUUCACGAUAACUGUCUUGUUUAUUUCUGUACUGGAGAUUGAAAGAUAGAACAGAAAUAAGCUUUUGUUUUUGUUGCCCUUUGGUUGUUAUCUAUUAGACACUUUUCAGGAAGUAGAUGAACUCUGUGAGGUCUACUUCUUAGUGCAUAUGCACUGUUACCAUUACUAAGCCCAAAAGAGAUUUGGAUUUAGCAAUUAAGGUUUGAAUUCUGGUUGAAUGUUUUUAUAAGGAUUCAUGGUCUGAUAGAAAAUAUUGCCGUAUUUGAAGAACAUAUAGUUCCAAGAAUAUAUAUCCUUGGAACCAAGAAAAAUAAAAUGUCAUCUUUAUUCAGUGUAAUACCCUGAAUAUAAUGUAUGCAUGAUAUUUUCACUUGCUUUCCCUAGUUUUUACAUACUUGCCUUACGAUUUAUUGAGAAAGACCAAAGUAACUAUAUGUAGACUAGGUUCUAAUUUCACUGAAUUAUAGGGCAGGGGGAGCAAUAAUCAGGACGGAAUAAGAUUCAUAUGUGCGUGUAAUAUAUUUGAGGCAGAUCAUUAACAUGUUCAAAAUACAAAAGCACAUGCUUACAGAGUGAAUAUGUAAAGCAAGGUAUUGAGGUGUUUUAUCAAACAAUUAUUUUAAAUUCCCCUUUAUUUUAAAGCCUCUACUUUUCUGCUGUUCUACAGAUUUCUUCUAAUGCCAUUUGAUACAGAACCUUUGAAGCAAACACUGAGAAUUCAUGUCCUCUGUCACUUGCUAUUCAUAUAACCCAUCCACCAUGACAAGUUUAGUUGGAAUGACAUAAGCAGAUUCAGUUCUGUUCCCUUUAUGAAGUGCAUAAAUUAGAAGAAAGUAGCACUUGAUGGGUUCAAAUAGAAGUCCCUGCUAAUGGUUGUACUGAGUUGCUAAAAGAUGAGAGAACAGUGACUAAACCAAUUGACUAAACUUUCAACAAUAGAAGCAGAGCAACCACCAGUUGGAAAGUGGUUGCUAACCAAGAAAUUCUGCAGACCAGUUUAUGUAAGUUCAGGAGAAAGAAAACAGAGGGCCAUCAGAUUUUGACCAUGACACUGACUAUUAGAAUAUAUAGUCUAAGAGAGUUUUAAGAGAAGACUCGAUUGCUGUCUCUUGGAUCAUUUAUUUUGAAUGUACUAUUGUAUUUUUACCAGUAAAAAACACACACAUUUUGUCUUAAAUGUAUAACAGUGGUUUUCCAGGCUGCACAAGUUUCUUCCCUAUUAAUGGGGCAGCCUGAGCCCCAAGAGCUGGUAGUGAAAUAAGCUUACAUACGUCUACAAAAUCAGAUAGUAAACGGAUGGUUGAGAUGGAUGGUGCUUGAUUUCCUAUUUAAUUUUAUGAUUCUGAGGUCAUUUUAAAAAAGAAUUUAUUGUCACAAGCUGUACAAAGUUCCUAUUUGAAUACUAUUCUCUUAUAUUAAAUAUAGGUUAUUCUUCAUA